AUGAUGCUCCGGGCACCUUGUGCAAUUGCCGUCUUCCCGGGCAGGCGCCAGGUGCUGCGUGCCGUGCUUUUUGCCAUCCUCGUCUGCCUCGUCCUCUGGCUCUGGCUCCCUCGUGUCGAGAUAUCGAGACUGAACACCACAAGUUGGAUCUACCGCCGUCCUGGAGCGCAUCCGCCGCCGAAGCCCGACGCCACGGCCCCGACGCCUCAUCCGAUCGACCGCCUCAUCCGAGAGGCGAACGCUCGUCUCGAACGCUUGCUGGAGAAGCGCGCCUUUACGCUCGAGGACGCCGCCGCGCGCUACCGGGAGCGGCGUGGGCGCCAUCCGCCUCCCGGGUUCGACCGGUGGUUUGCACAAGCGCUGCGAGACGACGCCGUCGUCGUCGAGGACUUUUUCGACAGGAUACACCAUGACAUCAACCCGUUCUGGGCCGUGGACCCGCGCGAGAUGCGAGCACAGGCAAGUCGGCACCCACAAGUCAUCCGAGUGCGAGGCGGCAGGGUCGAGUUUGAGACCGACGACCCCCAUCGCGUGCCCUGGAUCAACCUGUGGACCGACCUGGUCGGCGAGAUGGUGCCUCACAUCCCCGACCUCGACAUGGCCGUCAACGUCAUGGACGAGCCGCGCGUGCUCGUGCCGUGGGACAAGAUCAACGCGUACGCCAGCGCGGAGCGCGCCAGCAGAAGGCUCAUCGACCCCCGGGACGCCGUCGGCACGUACGGCGCGUACGGGCCCGGGAGAGGGCACGACCACGACCACGACCACGACCACGACCACGACCACGACCACGACCCGGAAUGGAUCACCGACGACGUCCCCAGGUACUGGGACCACGUGCGGGAGACGUGCGCCCCCGGCGACCCGAGCCGGAACGUGUCCGCGCUGGCCUCGUUCGACGGCCCCGUGGAAUUCCCCAGCCAUCCGCCGCCGUACACGUUCCGAGGCUUCGUCCAAAACUUCACCCAGGCGCAGAACCCGUGCACGCAGCCACACCUGCGCGGCAUGCACGGCGCCUUCGUCGAGAGCAUCAGCAUGUCGACGACUCGCAGCCUCUUCCCUCUUUUCGGCGGCUCCAAAAUGUCCCAGAACAACGAGCUGCUCAUCCCGGGCGCCAUGUACCUCUCGCCGCGCGAGCUCUACAACGGCGGCGAGCAGCACGGCCCGAGAUGGGCCGACAAGAAGGACGGGCUCAUCUGGCGCGGCACCGCGUCCGGCGGCCGCAACAGGCGACACAACUGGUGGCACUUUCACAGGCACAGGUGGGUGCAGAUGAUGAACGCCUCCGUCGUCGCCGCCGCCGAGCGAGGCCGUCUCCCCGAGAAGCCGGCCUUCCGCCUGCCCCCCAAGGAGAGGUACGCCGUCCGGGCCCAGCUCGAGGGCCGGCUCGGCGAGUGGCUGUCGUCCCUCUCCGACGUCGGCUUCGUCCACCUCGAGUGCUUCCCGUCGGCCGAGGACCGCUUCGGCGUCUGGCCGUUCCGCCGCGUCGAGUCCAGGAAGACGUGCCCGUACACGUCGCCCUUCAUGGCCGUCGUGCCUAGCCUGCCCAUGAGCGAGCAGUACAGGUACAAGUUCCUGCCCGACGUGGACGGCAACUCCUUCAGCGGCCGGUGGCGGGCCUUUCUGCAGUCGACGAGCCUGCCGCUCAAGGCGACGGCGUACGUCGAGUGGCACGACGACAGGCUCGUGCCCUGGGUGCACUUUGUGCCGUUUGACAACACGUACGAGGACGUCUACGCCCUCCUGGACUACCUCGUGGCGCAUGACGGCGAGGCCGAGGCCAUUGCGAGCCAGGGCAAGCUCUGGGCCGAGAGGGUGCUCCGCAGGGCCGACAUGAAGCUGUACAUGUGGCGGCUGCUGUUGGAGUACGCGAGGGUGCUGGACGAUGCGCGGGAGAAGCUGGCCUUUGUCGGGGACCUGUUGACCUAG